ACCAAGAAAAACAAAAUUAUAAAGUUUUCAAUCAAACUCAACGAAAGAAAGAUUUGUUUGCUAAUUAUGAGGAGGCCGCAAAAGAUAAAGAAAGAGAAGCUGAAAUUGCUCUGCUAAACCAAGCCCAAGAGGAAGACGACGAAGAAAAUGAAAACUGGGAAUGA